UUUGACACACGCACGUCAGGUGCACAAGAGUUCUGUUCGUUCUCUCUCGUGAGUUUCAAGAUGAACUCGGCCGAGAACGUGUCAGUCCACCUGGAUGUUCCGGUUGUCCCCGAGCUGUCGGACAACACGCCCAUGGUCCGAACAGGAAACGGCUCCGUCGCAGAGGGUCACAUGUUCUUGGACACCAUGGCCGCCCAGGUCCUGUCGGGGAUGUUCGUGUGGUCUGCCCUGCUCAUCACGUGCCACCAGAUCUUCACACACCUUCGCUCCUACACUGUGCCCAACGAGCAGCGUUACAUUAUCCGCAUCCUGUUCAUUGUUCCCGUUUAUGCCUUUGAUUCUUGGCUCAGUCUCCUUUUCAUCAGUAACGACCAGUACUACGUGUACUUUGACUCAGUCCGGGACUGCUACGAAGCUUUUGUUAUAUACAAUUUCCUGAGCCUGUCCUUUGAGUAUCUCGGAGGAGAGAGUGCAAUCAUGUCAGAGAUUCGAGGGAAACCCAUACAGUCCAGUUGUCUGUAUGGAACAUGCUGUCUUGUUGGAAUGAGCUACUCCAUUGGAUUUUUAAGAUUCUGCAAACAGGCCACUCUCCAGUUCUGCGCCGUCAAACCCAUCAUGGCCGUCAUCACCAUCAUCCUCCAGGCCUUUGGCAAAUAUCAUGACGGAGAUUUUAAUGUGAAUGGAGGAUACCUGUACAUCACAAUCAUCUACAACUUGUCCGUGAGCCUGGCUCUCUACGCGCUCUUCCUCUUCUUCUUCGCCACCAGCGACCUGCUGCGACCCUACGAACCAGUGCUCAAAUUUCUCACCAUUAAGUCUGUCAUCUUCUUGUCCUUCUGGCAAGGAAUGGUCCUUGCCAUCCUGGAGCGAUGCGGCGUCAUUCCCAAUGCUCUUUUCAUCGAUGGACAAGAAGUUGGUGCCGGCACGGUCGCAGCCGGCUGGCAGAACUUCAUCAUCUGCAUUGAAAUGUUCUUUGCUGCCAUUGCCCUGCGGUACGCCUUCACCUGCACCGUCUAUCAGGAGAAGAAAAGUGACGUUCCAGAAAUCGUCCCCCCGAUGCAGAGCAUCUCCAGCGGUUUGAAGGAAACCAUGAACCCAGGAGAUAUGGUGCAGGAUGCCAUCCACAACUUCUCCCCAGCGUAUCAGCAGUACACCCAGCAGUCCACUCAGGACGUCACCCAGCCCAGCACCAACGCCAAAGUGGCCGCCGGCAACAAGAGCUCCCUGAAGUCUGACAAAAUCAUGCUGAUUACAUCUGAUGAUGAGUUGUAGGCGUCUGUCCAGCAGGAUCCAGCUGUUCGGCCCCUCUCCACCUUCAUCUUCAACCUUCUAGAGAAUCUCGCAGAGCUGGAUUGAAUCCAGGUGUUUAAAAUUCAUCAUCCCACUAUUUAAAAUGGACGUCCUGCUUCUGCCCCGUAAUUU